AUGGUCUUCUGCACCUACUGCGGCCAGUCCUUCACUCGGGACGAACACCUCGAACGACAUAUCCUGACCCACACCAAUGUCAAGCCCUUCAAAUGUUUCACCUGCCAUAUGUCCUUCGCCAGGAGGGACCUCCUCCAGCGUCACUACACCGUCCACGGCCGAGACCAGAACCAGCAAGAGAUCCCCGCCGCGAAUGGCAUGAUCCCCAAAUCCGCAGGACGAACGCCAAUCGCCUGCAGCAACUGUGCAAAGACGAAGACAAAGUGUGAUAAGAAGUUCCCUUGCUCACGAUGCGCGGGGAGGAAUCUGAGGUGUACGCUGCGGCCGACAAGGCGAGCGUCGAAGAAUGCCAGUAGGGUGGGGAUACCUCCAGAGGGUGCAGUUGCCAUGCCUCCUGGGAUGCAGCAGCCGGGAGGUAUCGUUGAGCAUGGCAAUGUUCAGCAGCCGCAACACCCAAAUACCAGUCCUCAGCAACAGCCGCCAGUCAUCAAGCCAGCGAGCCCCAAGAACAUGACCACGAUCCAAGAAGAGAAGACGGCAGCAGCUCCACCUGUCGUUGACGGCCCACCCUCCCAAUUCGUCGACCAGCAACCCACCAGCGGUCCAACACCACCCCAUAACUUCUCCCCUCCCAUGCCCAACGGCUUCGUCAACAACACCCCUCUUUCCGGCUACAAUGAAUUCAGUAAUAUGAGCAAAGACAGCUCUGACGCGGGCUCCAGCCCCGACUUCAUGCUCGACUGGAGCCAGAUGCAGAUGCCAAUCGGCUACGACGGAAUGGUGCAGCCGCACAUGUUGAUGAACACGACCGAUAUGCGUUUCGACCCGAACCUACCACUCGCUCCACAUAACGACGGGAUGCUUACGAUAAUGCCGGAUGUCGCUAAUGGCAUGGCGCCGCUCAUCACUCCCUUGGAGACCCCCAAGAUGGAGCGUGCCUUCUCUGACCUCGAACUGGGGAGCUCGGCGGCUGCUUUCCAUCCUAAUCGACAUGCGUCGAUGCACUCUAUGGCGUCUGUGCAUACACCGCCUACGGACCAGAAUGACGAGAUGCCAGCCAUCAUUGCAUCUCAGGAUGCCUGGUCGGUGUUUCGAUGCACGCCCAUCAUGCCUUCGACGGCGUGUCCCAAGACGGCCAAGUUGAAUCUGGAACGACUCGAGGAGACGCUUCGAAACCAUGAAGGGUGGAGUACCUGGAGCCCACAGUGGCAUGAAGACGACCUGGCUGGCGGCGAUCACUUGACUGUCAUGCAGUUGCAUGAGAGCACGAGGGAUAAGCUGCUGGCGAUCACUCAAAGCUUCCUUCACAAGGCACUGGAGAUCCAUAGGGAGGGGCAUCAUACUCACCAUACGGCUGGCUCGGGACACCACACCCCUAAUUCGUACGGCUCCAACUUCGUCCUGCUGCCACCGGCGCGGGUGCUUGAGUUCUUCCUGAGGUCGUAUGCGAAUUGCUUCGAGAGGUACUACCCCUUGACCUCGCGCGGAAUCCUGGACGCCAACGAGCUGAUGCAUUGCUACAACGACCGAGCAUCAAGCUUAUUGGUGCUCAUGAUGAUCGCUCAAGGCGCCAUGAACAUCCCUUCGACAGAAGCCCGAAUGUUGACUGGUGGCUUGACGGAAGCCUGCCGCAUCUCACUCUUCGACCUCAUUGAGAGGAACAUCAUCAUGUCCGGCGACCCCAUCGUCCUUCAUGCGGCACUCCUCUUUACGGUGCAAGCAGCGUGGAGCGGCGACAAGUGGCAGAUGGACAUUGCCAUGGGUCAGCGAGGGAUGUACUUCGCCAUGCUCAGGCAUUCGGGAAUCCUGGAGAAGCUCACGACGCAGUCCAACACGGUCAACCACCAAGCCAACACCGAUCAUCUGUGGAGUGAGUGGAUCCAGAACGAAUCUCGAAGCAGACUCAUCUACUCUUGGGUGAUGGUCGAUCAGGACCUCGCACUCUUCCACGACACGGCACCUCUCUUUAGCGUCACGGAAUUUGGAGCUCCAAUGCCUGAUGCCGAUCGGCUUUGGCACGCCAAGAGCGCUGCUGAAUGGUCGUCCAUAUUCGAGCAGGUGCAUGAGUUCUCAGGGGGCUACUCGUCCGUCGGAUCGGGAGCCAGGCCAUUGUCGUUGCGAGACCUCUUCCGCCAUUUCUUGGACGACGAGAUGAUCCCUCUCGGGAUUGAGAUGACGCCGCUGCAGCUGCGAUUGCUCUUGCAUCCUCUGCAAUCUCUCGUCUGCCAGUACAGCCAGCUGCUGAGCUGCUUCUCCGAGGCAGGCAGCAAGAACGCUCCUCGAGCAGUCAGCGCCUCAUCCACACGGAGUCGUCUCCAAGAAGUCCAAUCCUUACUCCAGCGAUGGUUCGACCUCGCCGAGCGGUACCUCAAAGCCAACCCCAUGUGCCCGAUGAUGCAAACCAACCUCGUCAUCUUCCACCUCAUCAGCCUCAACGCCGUCACCAACUUCCCUGAAAUCGAGCGUCUCGCUCGCAGGGAAGGCUUCGACGGCACCUACCAGCAGCUGGUGUGGAUGCACAAGCGCUGCAUCACCGACGUCGAGGAAGCCGUCUUCCACUGCGGCCAGGUCUUCCGCCUCAUCCGCGCCAUGCCGAGAGCCAUUCGACCUCCGUGGUGGGCGGGUGCCAUCUAUCGCGUCGCACUCAUCCUGUGGACCGAUAGCUUGACGCAUAAGGAGACCGUGUCGCCGUCGAACAAUGGCAUGUUCCCGGUACCAGGCCCUUCAUUCGCAAUCGACGCUCUGGCGGCCGAUCACCCUCUCAUCGUACGGUAUCUGACCAAGCGUGAGGGUGUUCCCUGUGUCACGAAGCGCGAUGGCUCGCAGAUGACACUCGACCGGGCGUAUCCCGUCCUGCAUCACUGCAUCGAGGUCAUCGAUGAGGGCGCCUCGACUCGCUUCUCCGAUGGCAUCCGUUCGAAACUCGAGCGCUUGUCCAGAGGGUGA